CCACAGAGAGCCAUGUCUGUCCAGCCCGUCAACCCCAAGCCGUUCCUCUCGGACCUCACGGGCAAGCCCGUCCUCGUGCGCCUCAAGUGGGGAAUGGAGUACAAGGGCUACCUCGUCUCGACCGACAACUACAUGAACCUCCAGCUCGCAAAUACCGAGGAGUACCAGGACGGCCAGUCGGUCGGCUCGCUCGGCGAGGUCUUCAUCCGCUGCAACAACGUCCUCCACAUCCGAGGAGCCGAGGACUAGAGGCUCUGCCCCGCUGUCCAAAGCCUCGACAACCUGUUUGCCUCCUACGACCCGCCCUUGCACCGCAAAAGGGGGCCAUUGCUGUACCUGAGCCGCUCCCCUGUACCAACACCGAUACCUCCCCCGCAUCUCCAUGG